AACAAAAGGUUCCAUUUUCAGAUAAUGAAACUUCGAUUAAUAUAUUAAGUACUAAAAUAUUAAAGGGUCAGAUUGAUUUAAAAUUUUCAAAUCUGGAUGUACCACAUGAUUGGAAAAUUCUUGCUAUUGAAG